GAAAAUUUCAUCAGCAAUGCGUCUCAGUCAUUUGAAUUGUUACCUGCAAAGAAACAGCUCUUGUCAAGACAUCAGGUUCCUCUACCACCGUCAGAAUGCCAUCCGCCAUAACAAUAAUAUUAUCUACUGUUUACUUCGGCCAUCUGAUUAACGCAUCAACAGUAACGUAUUCAGAAGUUCAACAUUUCGGAGGAUCAUGCUACCCGCGUGAUUCCUGUUCUGGAGGCAGAACCGAAGAGUUGGACAACCUGUGGGACAACUACACUUGCGAAUGUGGACGACAGUGUAGCUAUAGUGGCACAUGCUGUGUUGACUCUCCCUUCCUGUCCACCACGCAGAAAAAUUCUCAUUUAUCAACUGAAAAGUGCCAAAAGGUUAAAUUAACGUCCCGGUACGUUUUGAUGGUAUCCAGUUGCUCCAGGCGCUGGCAAAAGAAGUCACCAACUUAUGAAAAGUGCGAAAAGGAAGAAGAUGUUCUUAAUGAUCCAAUGUCGAAGCUUCCGAUUACCAGUAUCCAAACUGGAAUAUCGUACAAGAACUACUUCUGCGCGGUCUGCAAUUUUGAUUCCAAUCAUGUCGUAUUUUGGAACAUAGCUGUUACUGGUACCCAAAAUCGAAGUCACUUGCAAGAUAAUUUUCAAUUUAAUUCUGAGCAAAAUGCUUGGGGGACGGUAGGAGCACAAGGAACAUUUCAAAGACUGGAAUUAAAUUUCGUAGUUCCAGAGUCUUUAUACAAAUUAGUGAAGCCAUGCUAUCCUGGAAUCAUUUCCCAAUGUCCACCACCAAUAAGAAAUUCUGAUUUGCAGAGGAAAUGUCGUCUUUACUAUGCGCCAAUUAAAAUUAUGUCUGGUGGGAAAUUUAAAAUGUAUCGCAACGUUCACUGUGCCUUAUGCAAUAAUAAGGAUUCAAACUUGGAGGUCGCUUGUCCACUGUCAAAACGUCGUAAAACUCAACAUCCUUUGUCUUUUGCGUUGCUACUGGAUGUGAACCAAAAAGAUGGUGAAAAGGUGGGUCAAACUCGCGCAUGCAGUAAGGAUCAAGUUUAUGACCCGUUCUUCAAAAAGUGUCGAUCCAUGAAAUGUGCGAUCCCAGGUUACGUCAUCAAGAAUGGAUCAUGUGCAAAGGAUGUUGCAUGAGAUAUGUGACACUAGUUUGAGUGAAAAAUUAGAUUUACUACAAGUUUUAAAUUGUCUUUGGUUUGUGGUCGAAUAAAAUGCAACGUUAUUAGAAUACUUCUGCUACAGAGAAGUUUUUUAAAAGUGAUUUCAAAAAUUUCUCUACUAACAUUAGUAAAUGAGUGGAAGAAUCUGUCACAUGACCGAAACGUAAAUCUGAAAAUAUGUUUUUUUCCCUUUGCUUC